AUGAUAUCACUGUUGGUGAUAUUGGUACUAUUCUCACCAAUGGUCGAGUGUUUUGGAGAGUCGGGAGUAUGGGAGAGAUUGUUCCUCUACUAUUCAUGGUUGGCCACUUUUGGAGAGGAUGGAAAGAAUUCAUUCAUUUCAAAGGACUCUAGGAUCAGCUCACCACGAGCCACCACUCCCGGCACCCUUGGAGACCUCAAAUUGUACAUGGAUUAUAUCCAUAACAAUAGAGGAAAUCCCAUACCAACCAACUUUAAUGCAGACAGCACCAAUAUUGAUGAAUGGCGCAACUUCCUCCUUAAACGCUACACUGGUACCUCUGAUGAGCCCUACGUCUUUGAGAGAAUUGGAAAAGAUGCAUCCUAUCCAACGGGCUCCCAGGGCCUUCGAAAGAUCGUUGGUGAGGUCAAGAACUACCUAAUCAACAAAGUCAAAAAUGUAGAUUCUUUGACUGCUUUCAGAACAAAGGCAUUUAGCGCCUUGAAAAGUGCCAGGGAACUCAGGAUAUUCGAGAUGUACAAGAACAUGCUUACUGGACCCAAUGGAGUUGGAAUGCCUGACGCCCUUAAAGACUCGAUCACAGCCACCAAAUCGUUAGAGGAACUUGUGGAGAAACUUGACCGCGAUGCUGACAAGAUCAUUAAAGCAAUUGGCGAAGCAUUCAAUGGAGGUCAAGAGGCAAAGAUUAUCAACCUCAAUGGAGAAGCACAGACCAUCCCCUUUGACACUACAUAUCCUGCUCACAGGGAUAACAUCAUAACAUUCAAGAUGCCACCAGGCUUUGAUUGCCAGUGA